CGUGCGACCCAGCGGCACAGCGCAUGUGUAGUGAGUGAGGUCAUGCACCAUGUGCGCAGGCGCCCUGUUAGAGUGCUUGUGUCGCGGGAGAGAAUGAGAAGAUGGCGGCGGCUGUAGAAAAGAUCAUUGGUGAACAGUACUACAGAGAUGCCAUGGAGCAAUGCCACAAUUACAAUGCACGUUUGUGUGCAGAGCGCAGCGUUCGAAUGCCUUUCUUGGAUUCCCAAACUGGGGUGGCUCAGAGCAACUGUUACAUAUGGAUGGAGAAAAGGCACAGAGGUCCAGGUACAGCUCCUGGGCAGCUUUAUACGUAUCCAUCUCGGCGGUGGCGCAAGAGGCGGAGGGCACACCCUCCUGAGGACCCAAGGCUUACAUUCCCUUCUCUGAAACCAGCUGACUCGGAACAGAUUCUGAAGAAAGAAGGGCUGAUUCCACAAGAUGGCAGCAGCUUAGAAGCUCUCUUGCGAGCAGAGCCCAUUGAGAAGAGAAUUGUCCCUGACCCUCGAGAUGAUGACAGUCUUUCAGAGUUUCCGCCUGUUGUUGGCCGACCAAGGAAGCGAAUAUUGGAGCCGGAGGAUUUUUUGGAUGAUUUGGAUGAUGAAGAUUAUGAAGAAGAUACUCCAAAAAGACGUGGGAAGGGUAAAGCCAAAGGAAAAGGUUUAAGUGGUGCCAGGAAGAAGCUGGAUGCAGCUGCACUGGAUGACAGGGACAAGCCAUACGCCUGUGACAACAGUUACAAACUAAAGCAAACUUCGAAAUUCUCCGAAAGAGUCUGUGGAAAGAGAUACAAGAACAGGCCUGGUUUGAGCUAUCACUAUGCGCAUUCUCAUUUGGUUGAUGAAGAGGGUGCAGGAGCAGAGGACAAGGAGGAUUCCCAGCCACCUACCCCUAUUAUGCAUAGAACUGAGGAGCAGAAAUCUAAAAAGGGUCCAGAUGGUAUAGCAUUACCCAACAAUUACUGUGACUUUUGCCUCGGAGAUUCAAAGAUCAACAAGAAGACAAGCAACCCGGAAGAGCUGGUGUCUUGCUCAGACUGCGGUCGCUCUGGACAUCCUUCCUGUUUGCAGUUUACUGCAGUGAUGAUGGCUGCUGUGAAGACUUACCGCUGGCAGUGCAUUGAGUGUAAAUGCUGCAACAUCUGUGGGACAUCUGAGAAUGAUGAUCAGUUGCUAUUCUGUGAUGAUUGUGACCGUGGAUACCAUAUGUAUUGCCUCGCUCCACCAAUGGCUGAGCCUCCUGAGGGAAGCUGGAGUUGUCAUUUGUGUCUCGAUCUGCUAAAGGACAAGGCUUCUAUUUACCAGAACUCCUGACAGAUCCAUUAAUAACAUCAAUACAAAGCGCAGGCUGCAGAGAAGACCCCAUGGAAUUGAUUACCGAACACCUUAUGGGGGAGGGUUUUUUCCCUUAAUUCUAUAUCCCGUAUGCGUGAACAUACACACAUACGCAUGAACAAUGUGUUAUUUGGCAGUUCUUAUUCAUUAAAAACAUGUAAAGAUUUAGUAUCCUAAUCACUUUUAAUAUCACAUUGUCUUAUUAAUGGACCUUUUGAUCUCUUGUAUGGCAGAAAUUCUAUAUAAACAUUUUUAUCACGGUCCUUAAAGAUUGCUAAGCUCGUUAACGUUUGUCUAGGGAACCUGUAUAGGGAUGUCUUCAGUACUUUAACCUAAAAUGUCAGUGAAAGAGAUGAUUGUUGGAGUGAACACCGAAGAGAAGAGAAAAUGCUGUGCUGUCUUUUGCUGAUUCUAUUUAGUAUUCACUGUAAAGGUUCUUCAGUAUUGCUGCCACUACCUCCAUGACAUUUGGUGAACCUUCUGUGCCUUUUACUUUGAUCUCCCUUCAGGUAGUGUAAGAGUGCCAUGUACCAAGCUUUUUCAGUAGCUUACAGCUCUUUAUUUCAGCUCCAGUGUAGCUGGAUGUAAAAGCUUGACACAUACUUUACACAGAACCAGUCUUAGAAUAGACCAACAAAUACAACAAAUGAUCAUAGUUACUAGCAUUGCUUAUAUCCUCCAUAGUGUUUUUAACCAUCCUUUCCUUCCUUCUCAGGGUAAACUGGUGUGUGUAUAGCAUGAGAAAAUAGUUGUGUGUAUUUUUUUUGCUGCAGGCUGAACAAUAAUAAAGCUAUUAGCCUCUUCCCAAAGACUUCCCUUCACAGUACCAAACUUGCUGCUUCUCUGGGGUCUGAAAAAUCUGCAGAUUUUUGUUUUUAAUCCUGUCAGCGUUGGAAGAUUUGAUGAUAUUCAUUAUUUUUCUAGACUAUACAUAUAUAAAUAUAUAUUUUUUACAUACUGACCCGACAGGGCUGUGGUUAAGCAGCCUGAAGACCCCACUCACACUUCUGCUUUUUAAAAACUUUAGGAACAUUUACCGAUCACUCUUAAAGUGCAAAUGUGCAUUUUGGUCAUGUUAAAAUGCAUAGAAAAACAUCAAAGUUGCAUAAAAAAUGCAUUGCAUUUUAUGAACUGCUUUUAAAGGAAUAAAAAAAGAAUAUAUAUGUAUAUAGUACAUUUACUCUCUCAGUAAAAAUAAUUUUUCUUGCUAUAUUGCACAUACUUUUUAGGGUCCAUGCACACUGGGCUUAAACGCCUCUUCUACAGGAGGUUUGCCUUCAGAAGCAGCUCAGUGUUCUCCUAUGUGUCCAUGCACAUUAAGGAUGUUUAGAGCAGUGUUUCUCAACCAGGGUUUUUUUUACGGCAAAGGGACAAAAAACUUGCACUGUGCUAAUCUAUACAGAGUGGAGAGAGCAUAGACCAGACCUCUCCUUCCUGACUCUUUCCUCCUCUCUGCCACUAAUUAUACUCCCACCUGGCAAUACACAGAAUGCAGUCUAGGCCAUCUGUCUGCGUCCUGCCAACUGAUGACAUCACCGGUUGCUAUGGACAGGUCGGGUGCCCCGCAUAGCUUUGUGUAUUGCUAAUGGGAGUAUAGAUAGUGGCAGAUAGGGGUCCGGGCUUUGCUUUCUCCUCUCUGUAUACUGGAGAGAGAAACGCUGCCUAAUCUUUGAGCCAUCUAAAUUAUGCUAUCUGACUCAUAAAUCCAAAUGAGUGGAGAGAAUCAUCCACUCCAGAAUAGAUUUGCAAAAUAAAGCAGCUGUCAAAUAUGCAGAGCUCACACAGAUCAGACUGUAUGUGGUUUGGUUGCCGUCCCCUUACUCCCCCCUCCCCAUGCUGUGGGGGGAGACUCGGCUUUUACCUCCUCCCCUGCUUUUUCUUCUUCUUUGCUGUUGUCACUACUCCUGUAGUUAUGAGAGGGAUGUGGUGGGAUGAGUGCUUUUGUGUUAGGAGGGGGAAUUUGUAGAGGAAGGAAGAACAUAUUUUGUGUUAGGAGGGGGGAUUUGGUCUAGGAGAGGGAGGUUGGGCUACCAGGGUGGUUAUUGGGGGGAGAGAAUUUACAAACUGCCUCAUAAACCGCACUUUAGGGCUUGUUCACUCCAGGUUCUGGUCAAAUGCGAUUUUAAAAAUUCAUGCUGGCAGGGUUUUUUUUUCCAUGCAAAUAGGGCAACCCAUAAAAAUAAAAAAGAUGUAUGGGGGAACACACAAAACAAGUGCGCUCGGACAAACCAGUUGUGAACCAGCCCUCGGGCUGGUGUACCCUGCAGAAUUCUAAAGGGUACCUUGACUGAAAAAGGUUGGAAAACACUGGUUUAGAGGCAUAGUUUAAGCUCAGUGUUUGAAGGCAGAAAAAAACCUUCUGGAUUGCGCUUUUGAGAGUUUUCUGGCAGAAAAAAACACUAAGUGUAUAAAAAUGCUCUAUAUAAACAUUUCUGCUAAAAUAACUAGUGUUUUUUAAGCCCAGUGUGCAUAGACUCUUAAAGCAGAAGAGUAAUUUGGGCCUUAAUGCUGUGAUUACAUAUCAUAACAUAAAUAUAAUAUGGUUUAGGAUAAUGAAGUUGAUAAUGGUUGGUUUUAGUACUCAGAUUCCUUUCUAAUCUAGAACACGUUAUGAAUUGCUAGGCAUCAAUACCUACCUGUUCUACAUUGCUGUAUCUUACUAAAUUAGUUGGCAAAUGUUACUUCAUCAUGCGUUCACCAAAAGAGAUGGCUUUUAGCACAAGUGCUUGUGUCAUAGUGAACAGUAGACUCAUCAAAUAUUGCCAUGGAAUGAAAGGGAAUCUAUUGUGAAAAUACUGUAAUUUUAAUUUUUGUUGCAUUUCAUUCUGAACACUAAUUAAAUAAAAAUGCUACAUUUAUAUAAAAAAAAUGGGGCCUCAGCUUCAGGGCAGUAUUUCUGUGUUAAAACUUUGUGUACAUGUUUUAUGUUGGCGUGGCAGUCUUGAAAGCACAGCCAGUAGCCUUUUUCUGCCUAAUAGGUAAUGAUUGCAAAGAUUUUUAGUAUGAGAAAACAUUCAAGCUUUCUAUAUUUAUAUUAAUUAUUACAUAUAAAGGUAUUUAAGUAA